GACUGCAGCUAACUGUGCGGGAACCGCAGUAGGGAAAUGUGCAAGGCGUUUGCCGUACGUUUAUCAGAGGCAGCAUGUGGCUGGGCAGACCGGCGGAUGCGUAGCGCCACCGCUAUUCGCUGCGCUAGCGGUUUCCCGCUUUCCCGUCUCAAAGUUGGUGGCGCGUGUUCUCUUCUUUGAGAGUCACUAUCGUCUGGGGGUCACUAUCGCAGUCCGCCCAGCAGAUUGCGCCAAAUCAGUGAGUGUCGUGUGGCAACCAACUGAACACGCUCGAGACAUCGCUGUUUUGUUCGCUACUUGGAGCCAGAGUAGUGGACGCAGUUUUUGUUGGGACAUACAGCACUGCGCCUUUGUGAUGUCAAGCCUGAAGAAACCAAUAAGUGCAGCUGUUUAUUAUUGAGGUUGUGGCACCUUUGUGGCAAGAAGCAUGCUUCAGGCCAUUCGGUAUCAGGCAGGCGUGCUGGAGAUUCUUGACCAGCUGCGGCUGCCCCAUGAAAGCUGCUACCUGACGCUGCCCGAUGCUGGCUCUACCUGGGAAGCCAUCCAUUCCAUGAAGGUGCGAGGCGCACCAGCCAUAGCCAUAGUGGCUGCACUCGGCUUGGCUUCUGAGCUGAUGCAAGUCAAGCUGCCUGCAAGCUGUCUGGAGCUCGCUGCCUACGUACACAGCCGGCUGGAGUACCUCAAAACAUCACGCCCUACAGCUGUCAACCUGGCAAAUAUGGCUGCCCACUUUGGAAAGAUGGUCGAUGCACUCAGCAGGGAAGAAGGGUUGUCUGUGGAAGCCAUGCGCGAUGCCAUCUGUGCCGAGGCAGAAGGCAUGCUGGCUGCCGAUGUAGCUGCAAAUCGUGCCAUUGGCCAACAUGGGGCCGAACACAUGGUGGCAAACUGCCAAGCACCAAAUGGCGGCAAGCUUGGCGUCCUCACUCACUGCAACACAGGCAGUUUGGCCACAGCAGGCUACGGAACUGCACUUGGUGUUGUGCGGCAGCUGUACGAGAGUGGUCGGCUGGAACGCGCAUACUGCACAGAGACGCGCCCGUACAACCAGGGCUCCCGGCUGACGGCCUUUGAGCUGCUGCACGACCACAUUCCAGCCACGCUCAUCUGUGACAGCAUGGCUGCUGCCCUAAUGGCCACGGGCAGGGUCAAUGCGGUCGUGGUUGGUGCGGACCGCGUCACUGCCAACGGCGACACAGCCAACAAGAUCGGCACAUACCAGCUGGCUAUCUGUGCCAAGCAUCAUGGUGUGCCAUUCUAUGUGGCCUCACCUACCACCACUGUGGACAGGAGUCGAGCAACUGGUAGGGAAAUCCCCAUCGAGGAGAGGCCAGCACAGGAGAUGACAUCUAUACAGGGCAUCCAACUGGCACCUGCAGGCAUUGAGUGCUGGAACCCAGCGUUCGACGUCACUCCAGCCGAGCUCAUUACAGGAGGCAUCAUCACCGAGAAAGGUGUCUUCCCAGCUUCGCGGGUGCUUGACAGUCUCAGCGUCUGAAGCAUCUCAGGCACAGAAUGCUUACUGGUGCCCUCUUGGGUCGAUGCCACCUAAGCAUGUUCCACUUGCAGGCUUGAAAUUAUAAAUGUGGCAAGCACGA